CCUGGUCUCGGUCCUGGUCCUGGUCCGGGUCCGGGUCCGGGUCCGGGUCCGGGUCCGGGUCCAGGUCCAGGUCUCGGUCCAGGUCUUUAGAGCGGAGGAACUCUUUGAAGGAAAAAGGGUUCAUCUCCUCUUCAUCUGCGGAGCCACAAUAACUUUGUCAAACAAUGAACGUGAAACACAUAAAAAUACGAACACGACAAAAAAACAAAAACCUUCGGCGAUGAUUAAAGUUUUCCCGUGUUUGGACAUGUGACGUCAUCGACCUGCGCUCAGCGGAAGUGAACAGGCGUCAGCCCCCCUCACGUGACCGAGCUUCUGCCGCCUCAUUGGUUCCGCCCGGACCGGGCAGGAAAGAUGAAAACAAGACCCUCACUUCCGGUAGACUUCCCGCUCAAACUAACUCGCGUGGACGUCGGCUGACCGCGGUGCCGCGCACAGACCCGGAAGGGACGACACUCCGGUCCUAAGAACGAUGUCUAAAGAAGUUUUCAAUGAGGGGAGCCAGGUCCAGUCCACCUCCCAGGUCCAGUCCACCUCCCCGGUCCAGUCCACCUCCCAGGCACAGUCCACCUUGUCCCCCUCCCAGGCGCAGUCCACCUUGUCCCCCUCCCAGGUCCAGUCCAAGUCCCAGCCCGUUUCCAGCUCGUCCAGCGGCCCGUCCUCAGGCAGCCAGUCCUCGGGGACGCUGAGCAGCGUGGACACACUUCCUGUCACGCUCCCGUCCGUCCCCGAGGAGCCAGAGUGCCAACCCUGGGGCCGCCUGCUGCCCAUGGACGGCGGCUUUCGUGCUCACGAUUGCGUGGAGGACGAGUACUUGUUUGGACGUGACUCCAAAUGUAAUUAUGUCCUGGAUGAUCCCGACCACAGAGGAUCUUUACGAUACCGAAUUUACAGCAAGAAACAUUUCAGGAUUUACAGGGAGGAGAGCGAGGUGUUCAUCCAGGACCUCAGUAACAACGGCACCUUCGUGGACGGGAUCAAAGUGGGGAAGAACAAGAAGCUCCCGCUGGUCAACAACGCCGUCCUGGCGCUGUCCGAGCAACGCAACAAAGUGUUCGUCUUCAUCGACCUGAUGUCGGACGAGGACGGCGCUCUGCCUGACGGGCUCCGGGACAAGUACCUGCUGACUCGGCGGAUAGGGACAGGAGUUUGUGGCGAGGUGCGGCUCGCCUUCCAGAGGUCCACCUGCAAGAAGUUUGCAGUCAAGAUCAUCAACAAGAAGAACUUCCAGUCUGAAGGGACGGCGACACGUAACGCUCAGACAGAGAUCGAGAUCCUUCAACGCGUCGACCACCCCUGCCUCAUCAAGACGCAGGACUUCUACCAGACGGACGACAGCUUCUUCAUCGUCCUGGAGAUGAUGGAGGGGGGGGAGCUGUUCCAGCGGGUCAAAGUUCAGCAGCGCCUCAGUGAGCCGGUGGCCAAGCUCUACUUCUACCAGAUGUUGCAGGCGGUGCAGUACCUGCACAGUAACGGGAUCAUACACCGCGACCUGAAACCGGAGAACAUCCUCUUGUCCUCGCAAGACGACGACUGCCUCAUCAAGGUGACCGACUUCAACCAGUCCCGGAUCCUGGAGGAGGCGGUGCUGAUGCGGACGCUGUGCGGGACGCCGUCCUAUUUGGCGCCCGAAGUCUUCACGCACGGCGCCACCACGGGGUACAACCUGGCGGUGGACGCGUGGAGCCUCGGCGUGCUGCUCUUUGUCUGUCUGGGCGGGUACCCCCCCUUUCACGACAACUUUGGUCCACAGUCCGUCACGGAGCAGAUCAUCCGAGGAGAAUUCACCAUGGUGACGUCCAAGUGGAAACACGUGUCGGAUCAAGCCAAAGACGUGGUCAGGAAGCUGCUGGUUGUUGACCCCACAAAGAGGAUGAGCAUCGAGGAAGCUCUGCAGCACACCUGGCUACAGGACCCGAGCAUGUUGGCGAAGGCGCACGCGCUCAUGUACCCGCCUUCUCCCCCUGACGUCGCCGUGGGGGCGGAGCCAGCCUCUUCGCGGAAGAGGAGACGAGAGGGAGAGGAGGGCGGGCGCCCGGCCAAACAGGCCCCGCCCACCGACCAGCCGUGACCUCAAACAUUUCUUAAUAAAGACUUUUAUUUUUUCA